UUAAAGGCUUUAAAGGGGGAAUGCUUCGUCCCAGGCGCUGCUACCAUCGCUUUGCUUGCGGCGCGUAUCCUCGCGAGCCCGAGCUCCCAAAUCCUUCCCCCUGCAAGGUGCUCCAUCUCCGCAACCUGGCGCAGGAUGUGGCCGAGGACGAUCUUGUGGAGCUUGUUCGCCCAUUUGGAAGAGUCAGCGGCAUUGUUCUCUUGAGGACAUGGAAUCAAGCUUUUGUUCAAAUGCAAGAUAUCGCCAAGGCCUUUCUAGUCAUCCGGCACUUUGCAUCGCGCCAGGCAACCGUAAGGGGGAGGGACGUUUCCAUUCAGUUCUCUGCUCGUAAAGAGCUCUAUCCGGCCGAGGAAACAUGCAGCGCAAUCCUUCUAGUGACGAUGCUAGACUCGGUAUGUCACGUUACCGUGGAUGCCCUCCAUCAGACCUUCAAGAGUUUCGGGCCCAUCGAGAAGAUUGCCAUCUUUCCUCAGUCAACUGUGCUUGCGCAGGCACUCAUCCAGUACGCUUCUCCACGAGAUGCUCGUGAAGCCAAGCAUCGUCUCCACAAAAGCAAGAUCUUGAACGGGUCGUGCACUAUGGAAAUCCAAUACUCAAGGACCGACGAAGUUCGUGUGGCAUGCAAUAACGAUCUUUCCAGGUACUACGUUCCGGUUUUCUUUUCUCCCAGUCAUGUAUAUCUGGUGGUUCUUUUCUGGCAGAGACUUCACAAACAGUUCUUUGCCAAGUGCAAGGUUUCCGUCCAUUCUCGGCGCAGGAAACGUUCACCUGAUGAAACCCGGUGUCCGAUGUCGGUACAGAGUUUGAUACGUUUUUGUCUUGCUGUGCUACAAGCCAGGGAAUUCCGGGCUGUUGCCUUCAGGUCCAACAACGAACCAGCGCUGCGUGCUGCUCCUCUCGAAUCUAAACACGCGGAUGAUAAACGAGCACAAGCUGUACAACCUCUUCUCGGUCUACGGAAAUGUCCUGCGAAUCAAAGGCUCCUUUGUGAAACCAGAGCUCGCACUGGUACAGAUGAGCGACGGCUUCCAAGCGGACCUUGCGAUGGCCUGCCUCAAGGGAGUUUCACUGUUUGGAAAGAAAAUGGAGAUCACUCUAUCAGAUCACUCAUGCUUGCGGCACCCUCACACGCAUUUCUACAGCUGGGGGACUGGGAACCGGUUCCUGUACGCGUAUGCCAAGAAGUGCUGCCCCCCGACCAAGGUGAUCCACGCCUCCAACCUGGUGCCGGACAUCCAAGAGGUGGACGUGGUGAGGCACUUCGCGGAGCAUGGUGUGAUCGUCAAGGUGGAGGUGUCGCAGGCGAGGGAGGGGAGGAAGCGGAGGGAAGCUCUGGUGGAAUUCACCAGCGUCGAGAGUGCGACCGAGGCCAUCGCUUGCAAGCAGUGGAGCUCCUUGAGAGGCGCCAGGGCGCGCCUUGUCUACUGGAGGUUCCAUGCUUUCAGCCCCGGAUUUUAACUUCGGGCAUUUGAUAUAGUCUCUUUUUAUGAAAAUACCAACAUACGUGUAGGUGAUCUGUAAAUGGAAAAUUUGUGAAAUAGGAUCUAGUUUCAA